UCGGUAAAGGGGGUGACCGCAACGGUGGUCCCCUGCAGCACGAAGGGGGAAAUGCUUCAAAGAACAUCAGAAGAUUUUUUUCCAAAGAUGGAAAGUUCAGUUGAAGAGAUGGAUACCUCUGAUACCCAGUGGGGCUGGUUUUAUUUGGCUGAGUGUGGUAAAUGGCAUAUGUUUCAGACUGAUUCGAACAGUCAUUGCUCUGUUAGCAGUGAAGAUAUUGAAAGGAGUUUCCGAACAAACCCACAUGGUUCUGUUUCUUUUACUACUGCAAAAUUUAACUACACACUAGACUUUUCAGUGAUGAAACAAACCAACCUAACUACCCUUAAGCAACGUCCAAUAAAGCGAGCUCCCUUUUCUAUCAGUGCUUUCAGUUUCAUCUGUGAAAAUGAGGCUAUCCCUAUGCCUUCACACUGGGAGAAUGUAAAUACUGAGGAGCCAUAUCAGCUUAUUCCAUUGCAAAAGAAAACAAAUGAAUAUACUGAAGUUUCUAGUCUCUUUGGAAAAACAAUGGAUAGCCACCGAAUUAAAAGAAUUAAGAGAAUACAAAAUCUAGACUUGUGGGAGUUUUUUUGCAGGAAAAAAGCUCAACUGAAGAAGAAGAGAGGUGUCCCAACUAUUAAUGAGCAGAUGUUAUUUCAUGGCACCAGUAAUGAAUUUGUAGAAGCAAUAUGUAUUCAUAACUUUGACUGGAGAAUAAAUGGGAUGCAUGCUGCUGUGUAUGGAAAAGGGACCUAUUUUGCAAGAGAUGCCUCAUAUUCCAGUCGUUUCUGCAAAGAGGACAUGAAGCAUGGAGAUACUUUUCAAAUUCAUGGUGUGAAUCUGCAGCCUCAUUUGCAUAGACCAGAUAAAGUCAUGUUUCUUGCUCGUGUAUUAACUGGUGACUAUAUCAAUGGUGAUUCAAAAUACAUGAGGCCUCCUUCAAAAGAUGGAAGUUUUGUGAACUUGUAUGACAGCUGUGUGGAUAAUACCUGGAACCCAAAGAUCUUUGUUAUCUUUGAUGCCAACCAAAUCUACCCUGAGUACCUAAUAGAAUUUUGUUAAGCUUGAAAGGAGCUGAACUGGAUAUUGUUUGUGUCUUUUUGAUACUUUUGUUCCUUUUGUAAAGACAACAAUGUAAAAACAUGAAGCGUGAAAGGAGAGAGGUGAAAGAAAAGCUAGCAUAUGUUUACGGAGGAGAGAAGCUAUGAAACAUUAAGAGAGAUUGUCGGACUGUUUUAAAAAUCUGUAAACUUUACUAACGCAUUUUGCAAAUGUAGAGACUAUUACAAAUUUGAAAUUGCUUAGUGAGCCUUAAAUACAUUGGGCAUUGGUAAGUUUUCAAAGGCAAGAUUUAUGUUCUGAUUUUUUUUAAUAUAUUACAAAUAUUUAUUCUUGUGGUAGAAACAUGCCUGUAAUAUAGUAUACAUAUGAUGAAACUAAUCUUUUAUAAAGAUUGUCUGUAGAACAUAACAAUAACAAAAACAACAACAACAACAAACCCAGGGGACUUGGCUACAUAUGUGUGUGUGUCUGUGUUCUGUAGUACACGUUGCUUUUGUGUUUGGAGGUGUCUCAGUUUGGAUUCUAAACCUACAAAAAAAUCCACCUGGAGGAAACUGAUGAAAGAGCUAUAAAGUUCACCGAAGCUGUUAUGUUUAACUUCAGGUACAUUUAACUGUAAGCUUCAAUUAUAUACUUGCAAAGCUUUAAUCAUAUACUCGCAAGAUUACAAAAUGCUUGCACUAGGAUUUGAACUUUGGUUUUGAUGGAAAUGAUGCCCAUAAGCUCUUGUGGUUGUUAAUUGUUUGGUAUGUAACUGUUGAGCUCAGUGUUGGGAUAUCAGCAGUGCCGUACACCUUUCUGAGUUCUUCUAUAGAGUUUUCGCCCGCUUGCUAUAAUAUGCGUGUGUAUGCACUUACAUUCAUGCAGCUGUGCUGCUGUGAUUCUUGCCUGGUUAGGGUUUAAGAAGCACUCAGUGCUCAUGUACUUGCUGUUACUGAAGGCAAUGUUUAGAUUAACUUUACUGGAAAUAAUACAGUUAAACUAACUAUGAAAAAUUCAAAAGAUGCCAUCCUUUAAUUUUUAAACACUUUAAUAGAAAGCUUUCAAUAACACUGGUGUAGAUCAGGUUUUCAUAACUGGUAUAGUUGUGAAGUUAAAGAGUAUUUUUCACAUGUAGAAAGAGCAAAAGAGACAGUAUUUGGGUAAAGAACAAACUUGAGUACCUAAAUACAUGAAGAGCCUGAAGAAGGGGCUGUUACAGUUAAACUGUUACUGAAAUGUUAAACAAUUUGCUACAAAAUUGUCCCUAGUGUUUUUCUUUGUUAAAGGACCUAAGGAGCACUAAGAGACAAGGUCUAAGUGGAAGCCUUUCCAGGCUUCUGCUUUGGCUAUGACCAGUAACAAAUCCCUAUAGAAAUAGUAUAUAAUUAUGGCAGAUAUGGAAUGAUCUGUAUUGAUCUGUCAUGGAAUUGUUAAUGGACUUUUUGGAUCAAAGGCUAUGUUUAAAACCUAUUUUAUUUAAAAGGCACUGCAGCUGGCAUGACCAAGUCUGCUCAAAAUCAUAUUAAACCUAUGGAACUGGAAGCAGAAUAUGACUACAUAUCUGGCAUCGUAACUGAGGAUGCAAACAUUCUUCCUUCUCCUUAGUGCGGUUAUCUUUGCCUGUCAGUGGAUCUUGCACAAAUUGGGUGUCUGUAUUUAUAAUUUCAUGGCAGCUUUUCCUUUUGUUUCUGUUCCUAAACCAUUUAGGGCUACGAUGCAUUUUCCUUUAUUUUAGUGCAAUAGGAAGUAUGAUCUCUGAUCCCAGUUGGGAGCUCUAGGUUCUACUGUGGUAGGCAUGAUUUGUGUUUGAUUCACUACUAUGCUAACUGUGCAAAAGGCACAUUGUUCCCCACACUGUAUAAAAUAUUUAAUAGCAAAUCAUGCAGGGAAUUUGUGUAUUACUGACUCCUUUUUUUUUCUUAUACAGUAUUCUACAGAACAUACAUUUUAUGAAACUAACAAAUAUAUGUGCUGUUGUUCCUUUGAGUUGGUCUUUUAUUUCUUCUGAGGUCUGAACUGACCUUUUUAGUUAAGAAAACUGAAGUUUCUUUUUUAGUGUCUCACGGACACAAAAUACCACAGUCUCUACUGAUCUUAGUGACUUUUCCAAUUGUUUGUGUGGUGGUGUCUUGUUUACUAUUAACUCACUUAAAAUGAAUGGCAGAAUCUUAAUCUUACCAAAUCAUUGUGCAAUUGUAGUUUCAGUUCUUUUUUUAAUGUACUGUUCUGCUUUCUGGUGUCCAUUUUUGCGCUGAUGAAUCUUGAAACU